AUGUCUCUCAAAUCCUCCACCUUUGCAGCUUUCCGAGAUCUCUCCCGAUAUCAACAUCAAUGCUCAACCUCCAAACUCCCCUCUCGCAUCCUCUCCCUGGGCCACCCCCGCCUCUACAGCACCCCCUCCAAACCCCUCACCGAUCGCUCCUCCUCUCCCUCCUCCCCAUCAUCCACACCCCCCCGCGCCCCUCAACCCUCCUACGAUCUAACCUUCACCUGCCAACCCUGUUCCGCGCGCUCCACGCACCGCAUCUCCAAACAAGGCUACCACUCCGGCUCCAUCCUCAUCACCUGUCCCAGCUGCAAAAACCGACAUGUGAUUUCCGACCAUCUGGGAAUAUUUGGAGAUCGCAAAUUGACGAUUGAGGAUUUGAUGAGGGAGAAGGGGAUGUUGGUUAAAAAGGGGACGUUGAGUGAAGAUGGGAAUUUGGAGUUUUGGAGUGAUGGGACGAGUACGGAGAGGAAGAGGGAGGGAGAGGGAGAAGGAAAUGCGGGGAGUGAAGGGGAGAGGAGAUAG